AUGCCUUCUUUGGGGCUUAACGCAAGCCCGGCGCGGGAGGAGGCCCCGCGGGGCGGGCCGGGCGAGCUCCCGGGCGGCUCCCAGCACCCCGGGGCGCCCGCAGCCGCGCCGCCCGCCGCUCCAGUCCCAGGAGGCAGCGCGACGCACCGGGAGCCGCCGCACCGGACAGCCUUCCGGGACCCGCGGCGGACGCUCGCACCGCGGGCCCCGGAGGGCGCGCCCAAAGGCGGCGGGCAGGAGCAGAAGUGCUCGCGUUGGGUCCGAGGUCCGGGGCGAGUCGGCCGCGGCGCAGGCUCCCAGCCGGCCCACGGAGCCCGGGGCUCCUCCACCGCCACCCCGUUACCGGCGCUCCCCGCCGCCCGCAGGCCCACGAGCGCCGCCUCCGCGCCACGCCAACCGCUCUCCUCAGCCCCGGCCCCACUCACCUGGGCCGCGCGGCCGCCCGCAGCCUUCCCGAGCUUGGCUCUCCCGGGGCGCUACUGCCAGUCACCCAGUCCCCGCCCCGAGCCCGGCCCGCACUGGCCAAUCAGCUGCUUCCUCCGGCGCAGGGGCGGGCUUGCAGAGCAGGGAGGGGAGGAGAGGCCGCCGCCCCGCGCGCCGGCCGCCGCCGCUCCGUCAGCGUGCGCAUGCGCGGGGCGGGCGCUUCCGCGUGGACCUGCUUCUCGUCCUCCCCGCUCUGACCUGGAAGGCGCUUUGUUCCUAAACCCGCUUCUGUAA